AACCAGGGGAGAGUAGCAAAGAAACAAAAAAGGGAAGCGGCUGAAAAAGAAUACGAGGCGAUAAAGGCAGGGAAAGGAGCAGACCGGGAAACGUGUGAGGGGCUAGACCAGGAAGCCAGGGUGAGGGGCAGAGUGAGACUGAGGAGAGGAGAGAAGAGAAAGAAACCAAGCCUGAGCUGAGGGAGAGCCCAGAUCUGGAAAGCAGAGAACACACGAUAUGUCUCCCUCCCACCCUUUUUCUGGCCCAGCUGGAGCGGAAGAUGAAGGACAUCGUGCUGGACAUAAUCGAGAACUAUCACAAGUACCCAGAUGCUUACAGCACCGCUGAGAACUGGGAUUUUGUGCAGUUUCAGCUUCGCUGCUGCGGCUGGACCUCCCCCCAGGACUGGCUGCUGGCGUCCUCCCUGAGGUCCAAUGGCUCGGCCCCCAUCGGCAGUGGAAAAGCCUCCACCGUCUCCCCGACGCCGAACAGCGACUUCUUGCCGUCAUCCCAGACGUCUGGGCAGCUUCUGCGUGUGCCCUGCUCCUGCCAGAACACUUCGGUGAUAAUGUCCACCCCCCAGAGCCCUGCGGAUGCCCCUAGAGCCAGCCAGCCUGCAGCUGGGCCUGCGGCUCGGGCCACUGUGGUCUCUGUCCCGGGCAUGCCUGUGGUCCUGCCGGGUCCAGGCAGCCCCGGGACCCCUGCCCGACUGCGCUCGGGCGAGCUGUGCUCGAUGCCCGCAGAUAGUGGAGUCUAUCAGGAGGGCUGCUCUCGGAGUGUCUACACCUGGUUGCACAACAACCUCAUCUCCAUCGUGGGCAUCAGCCUGGGCCUUGGGCUGCUCGAGCUCGGGGUCAUGUCGCUCUCGAUGUUCCUCUGCAGGAACCUGGAUCACGUCUACAACAAGCUCUCGAGAUACUCUUAGACAACCCCCUCCCCACCCUAUGCCACCUGAGACCCCGAGUCCUGCCCCCAGGACCCUCUCAUCUUUCCUGAAUCAACCACAUUCUCUCCCCCAUACCGCUCUCUUCCAGGGCAUCCUGGAGUCCUGCCCCGAUGCUUCCUCUUCUCCCAGCUCCCUUUCAUCCACUGCAACCCUGGGACCUUGUUCUCUAACAUCCCUCUCUCUUCUUGGUCCAGCCAGGUCCUUUCCUGGAGCACCCUAGAGGGCUGCCUAGGCACCCAGCGACAUUGUGUCCCCACCCCAUCUCUUCCCAAGGAUCCUCCAGCAUCCAGUCUUUGAGUUCCUCACCCCAUAGUGUUCCAUCCUCAGCAGUGUCGGAAGGUGGUGACCAUUGGUGUCCUGCUUUAAAGGUUCCACUGGUUGAUCCCAGUCUUUUAUGCUCCAUCCUUGUCUCAUCCCACAGGGAGCCCUGAUGUCUGAGCCCCAGAACCCUCUUCUCUACCAUCUCCCUUAGCAUCCUAGCUCUCUCUACUACCCUAGUGUCCUUUCCUCCACCCUUCUCUUCUCUCUCCAGGGAUUUUAGUGACCACCAUAGCCUCCCUAUUUUCUUGCUCUGGACUAUCGUAUCCUCUUCUUUCUGGACACCUCAACAUUCAGUCCCUCAGUCCUUUUUUUUUUUUUCCUCCUGGGGAAACUAUCAUCUUAUCUCCCAAUCUUUUCUCCUCUAUUCUGGAAUCUUAGCAUCCUAUUCUCUAGCUCCCUCCCUGUUUUCUCACUUUCUUGUGUCCUGUCUCCCUUUGCUCCUUUUCUACUCUCAGGGACCCCAUUAUUCUCUUUCUUACCCACCCUAGGUACACCAGUGCCCUGUCCUUCAGUUCCUUUUUACCUCCUGCAGCUCCCAACAUCUUGUCACACAGUCUAAUUUCUUUCCUUCUUAUCCAUUUUCCUUUUCAAUUCUUUUUCUGUCCAAUAAAUCUUGAGCUCUGGGUAAGGAAUAAAAAUCAUUUAAUUUGCUGGUAAA